AUGAUUCAUGGCCCAUGCGGUACUUUUAAUCGUUCAUCGCCUUGCAUGUCAGAUGGAAAAUGUACAAAAAAUUUCCCUAAAGAUUUCACUAACGAUACAAUCACAAAUGUCGACGGAUAUCCAAUAUAUCGUCGAAGGAAUCCAGAUAAUGGCGGACAAUCAUUUAUUAAAAACAUCAGCAACACAGACAUUGAUAUUGACAAUCGUUGGGUCGUGCCAUAUUCGCCCCUGCUGAGCAAAACAUACAAUGCUCAUAUUAAUGUUGAGUUCUGCAGUUCUGUGAAGAGCAUCAAAUACAUUUGCAAGUAUGUCCAUAAAGGCAGUGACAUGGCGGUGUUUAGAGUGGAAAAUACCAAUGUGAAUGCUCCUCCAGUAAAUAAAAACGAUGAAAUAACGCUCUACCAAAUAGGUCGGUACAUCAGCUCCAAUGAAGCUGUUUGGCGUAUCUUUGGUUUUCCAAUUCAUGAACGGGAUCCAGCAGUUGUUCAGUUAGCCGUUCAUCUUGAAAAUGGUCAGCGUGUAUAUUUCACGAACGAGACAGCGAUUGAUCGUGCUAUAAAUCCACCAAAAACUACACUCACUGAAUUUUUUGAAUUGUGUAAUCGUGCGGAUGAUUUUGGUGCCUUUGCACGUACUUUACUCUAUUCACAAGUACCACGCUAUUUCACAUGGGCUCAAACAAAACAAUGGAUACCCCGCAAGCAAGGCUCACCAGUUGAUGCAUGCCCCAAUUUAUUCAAAUCAAACGCCUUGGGGCGAGUAUUUACAGUGAAUCCAAGACAGACUGAGUGCUUUUAUCUUCGACUAUUGUUGGUUAAUGUUACUGGCCCAUUGUCAUUUCAAGAUAUACGUAAAGUGAAUGGGCAACAGUAUACAACGUAUAAAGAUGCAUGCCUUGCACUCGGCUUGCUAGAAGAUGACAAUCAGUGGGAAUGUAUGCUUGCUGAAGCAGCAUUGAACU